GAAGAAUUAUGUCAGGAGAUGAUUGGUCAUUUGUAAUGUUCAUACAGUGUUUCUAAAGGACCUGAUAGCGAUAACUGCCAAGUUCAACAGAAUCAAAAAUAUUCUCUCAAAACAUCGAAACCAGGGCGGAGUUGUGCGUCUUUGAAAUCAUCACCACUGCAUCUGUUUGUUUUCUCUGCAAAAUCCAAAUCCAAACCCAAUUCUUCUUUUCGGUUCUCACCCGCAUUUUAACAUACACUCUCUCCUUCUGUUGUCCACUAGAGAGAAUAUGACGUUCAUUUGAUUUGGUCAGGCUAAAGUUCCUCACUUUCACCAAUCUGCAUCAAAAUGGCAACAAAAGGGAAUUCUGGGGACAAUAGAGCUAGGAGUUCAGUGUCCAUCUUCAUUGUGGUUGGUUUGUGUGGUUUCUUCUAUAUCCUGGGUGCAUGGCAACACAGUGGUUUUGGCAAGGGAGACAGCAUAGCUGCAAAGAUUGCCAGACAGACAGACUGCACCAUACUCUCAAAUCUGAAUUAUGAGACACAUAAUGGUGCUGAUGCCAGGACAGACGAUGGUUCUGAAUCUGAAGUGAGGGAGAUUAAGCCAUGUGAUGAUCGUUACAUUGACUAUACACCAUGCCAAGAUCAAAUGAGGGCAAUGACAUUUCCGCGAGAAAAUAUGAACUACAGGGAACGGCAUUGUCCUCCUGAAGAAGAGAAACUUCAUUGCCUUAUUCCUGCACCAAAAGGAUAUGUGACUCCAUUUCCAUGGCCAACGAGUCGUGACUAUGUACCUUACGCCAAUGCACCAUAUAAGAGCUUGACUAUUGAGAAGGCUAUUCAGAAUUGGAUUCAAUAUGAAGGCAAUGUGUUUAGAUUUCCUGGGGGAGGAACGCAAUUUCCUCAUGGUGCAGAUGCAUAUAUCGAUCAACUUGCAUCUGUCAUCCCAAUGGACAAUGGGAUGGUCAGAACUGCUUUAGACACUGGUUGUGGGGUUGCAAGUUUUGGAGCAUACCUGUUCAAGAAAAAUGUUAUUGCGAUGUCCUUUGCUCCAAGAGACUCUCACGAAGCACAAGUUCAAUUUGCUUUGGAAAGAGGUGUCCCGGCAGUUAUUGGUGUUCUAGGAACUAUAAAGCUGCCGUAUCCUUCUAGAUCCUUUGACAUGGCUCAUUGUUCUCGUUGCUUGAUUCCAUGGGGUGCAAAUGAUGGAAUGUAUAUGAUGGAGGUUGAUCGAGUUCUUAGGCCUGGUGGUUAUUGGGUGCUUUCUGGUCCUCCCAUAAACUGGAGGAAUAACUAUCAGGCAUGGGAGCGUCCUAAAGAGGAACUUGAGGAGGAGCAGAGGAAAAUUGAAGAGACAGCCAAACUUCUUUGUUGGGAAAAGAAACAUGAGCUGGGUGAAAUAGCCAUCUGGAGGAAAAGAAUAAAUUAUGAUUAUUGUCGUGAACAAGGUUCUCAACGCACUAUAUGUAAAUCCAGGAAUGCAGAUGAUGUUUGGUACAAGCAAAUGGAGGCAUGUGUGACUCCAUAUCUGGAGACUUCUGGGGAAGAUGAAGCUGCUGGUGGGGAAUGGAAGCCAUUCCCAGAGAGACUAAAUGCUGUUCCUUCCAGGAUAUCAAGUGGCCUGAUCCCUGGAGUGUCUGCAGCGUCAUUCCGGGAGGACAACCUAUCAUGGAAAAAGAAUGUGAACGCUUAUAAAAGGAUUAACAAAAUCUUUGACUCAGGGAGGUACCGCAACAUCAUGGACAUGAAUGCUGGUCUUGGAAGCUUUGCAGCUGCUCUUGAAUCUUCUAAAUUGUGGGUUAUGAAUGUUAUGCCUACCAUUGCUGAGAGGGACACUCUUGGCGUCAUAUACGAGCGUGGAUUGAUUGGGAUAUAUCAUGAUUGGUGUGAAGCCUUCUCCAGUUACCCUAGGACGUAUGACCUUAUUCAUGGAAAUGAUCUUUUCAUCUUAUAUAAGGAUAAGUGUAGCAUGGAAGAUAUUCUUCUGGAAGUGGAUCGUAUUUUGCGACCUGAAGGAUCAGUCAUAUUCCGUGAUCAAGUGGAUGUGCUGGCCAAGGUGAAAAGAAUUGCAGGAGGAAUGAGGUGGGAUACCAAAUUGGUGGAUCAUGAGGAUGGCCCUCACGUCUCUGAGAAAAUAUUGGUUGCUGUCAAACGAUACUGGGUUGCAGGUGAAAACAAUGCCACCUCUUCUUAGUCAUGGUAACAAAGGAAUGCCAACAGUAUAAUUUUAUCAGGCAAUGCUAACUUUCUCGACUCAGAUCUCACGGUCACAAUUUUGUCACAAGUCAGUGUUUUAGCAGUUGAGAGGUUUGGCAAUAGCUUCUGCCAUAUUUAUUACUGAUCAGCAGCAUCAACUCUUGUUUUUUGAGUUGGAUAUAUAUAUAUAUACACACACACACACAUAUACAGGACAUAUAUAGGUUGUUCUUAGCCAUAAAAGUCGCUGGCUGGCGUGGUCCUCCUAAGUCAUGUCCCCUCUCCUUGUGCUCUCUGUAAAAAGAUGAUGAAUUCUUCCUGUCGUCUUCCUUUUCGCAGUUAUGAUAAACCUUUGGGAUUUUUUUGUAAUUGAUUUGAGCACAGUUGGCUUACCUGCA